ACACUAACUUUUCACACAAUGGAUUUCCAACCUUUCAUCCUACCAAUUGCCCUGCUCCUAACCAUCACAUUCCUCCUCUUAAAAAAAUCACUACCAAAUACACAAACCACACAAACGACCAAAAUCACCCUACCCGAGCCACCGGGGGCCCUACCCAUCAUCGGCCACCUCCACCUCCUUGGCGGGCCAGCCCCCGUGGCCCGAACCCUCGGAGCCAUGGCCGAUGCCUAUGGCCCAACCUUCACCUUGCAGCUCGGAGCCCAUCGAGCCCUAGUCGUGAGUAGCUGGCAGUCCAUCAAGGAAUGCUUCACCACCAACGACCGGGCCUUUGCCACCCGGCCCAAUAUGGCCACCGGCAAAUACCUCGGCUACGAAAAUGCCAGCUUUGCCCUCUCCCCUUAUGGGCCCUACUGGCGCCACAUUCGCAAGAUGGCCACCCUCGAGCUCCUCACCCCACGCCGCCUUGACGGGCUGGCCCACAUCCGGGCCUCGGAAAUCGGGCUUUUCGUAAAACACUUGUACUACUCCAUUGCUAACGACGUCCCAAACAAGGCCAUAGCCCUAAGCACUUGGGUCGAGCACUUGACGUUCAACAUAAUCAUCGGGAAGCUAGCGGGUAAGAGAUACCCUUACGCUCGUGAUGAAGAUAAGGAUUAUCGGUUUAAGGAGGCGAUUAAGAAAGCGUUGCACCUUAGUGGGGUGUUUGUUUUGUCCGACGCUAUCCCUUGUUUGGAAUGGCUCGAUAUCGGAGGAUAUAUUAAAGAGAUGAAGGAUACUAGUAAGGUAAUCGACGAUGUGCUCGAGGAUUGGGUUCGAGAGAGGGCCGAAAACAGAGGUGGUAAUGAUGAUGCAGGGGAUUUCGAGGGUUCGGAUUUCUUGGAUGCAAUGUUUUCGGCUAUUCCCGAGAACGAAACCGUGCACGGCUACACGAGAUCGACGGUCAUCAAGGCAACAAUGAUGAUUCUAAUCAUGACGGGAUCGGAAAGCACGGCCGAGACGCUCAUCUGGGCCCUGUCGUUACUCCUAAACAGCCCGCGUGUCCUCCGCGAGGCCCAACGGGAAAUGGACUCGACCGUGGGCCGGGCCAGGUGGGCCCAAGAAUCCGACAUAAAGGACCUGCCCUACCUGCAGUCGGUGGUGAAGGAGACGCUGAGGCUUUACCCGCCGGGCCCGCUCUCGGGCCCGCGCGAGGCAGCCCACGACUGUUGGGUCGGUGGGGCCCACGUGCCGAGGGGCACGCGGCUGGUCGUGAACCUGUGGAAGAUGCUGAGGGACCCGGAAGUUUGGUCGGGCCCGGACGAGUUUCGGCCCGAGAGGUUCGUGGAAGAGCAGCACAGGGACACCAACUUCAAGGGGCAGUGUUUCGAGUACAUACCGUUUAGUUCGGGGAGGAGAAUGUGCCCCGGAAUGGGGUUCGGGAUGCGGGUCGUCCAGCUGGCGCUGGCUCGUCUGGUUCAGGGGUUCGAUUUGUCGACGGCCGAUGGGGAGAGUGUGGACAUGGGGGAAGGGUUGGGGCUUGCCCUGCCCAAAUUGAAGCCACUUGAGGUUGUUCUUGAACCUAGGCUUGGAAAGGAGAUGCUAGAGAUGUUAAAUGGUCCUUGGCCCGACGGCCCGAUCCGUUUAGUCCAGAAAAAAACAGGGUUAGGUCCUUUUAUUAGUAGCCCGUUUAAAUCAGGGCUUUUUAGACUCGGACCGUUUAGCCCGCUAGGGCUGGCCCGCUGUGAUGAAAGCCACUCGACGUCAGCUGGAGAACGAGCUUCUCCAAGAAGGCAUCAUGCGCCUCGAGGACUUGCCUUCCUACACCCUUCUAACUCACUAGUGCUAAUGGUGGCUAAAGAAUUUCGCAAUGUUCUCAAGGAAUGA